AUGGACAAUGAGACAAUGAAGAGACUGUUCAAGGCAGGAGCCAUCCUCCUCGUCCUCGAUGCACCUCACAACCAACUCGAAUUCGGAAUCGACGUCAACUGCUGGAACACCGGCCCUCGCUUCAAGGGCAUCAAGAUCAUCCCCCCUGGUGCUCACUUUGUCUAUUACUCCCUCCACAACACCAAAUCCGCAAGGCCGUCUCCAGAAGGAGAUAAUGGAGGAGAAGGUGCAAGCAGCGGGAAGAAGGAGGAGGAUAAUGGAACGGUAGAGAUUGAGGUGAUAGAGGGAGGAACUACAGGAGGAGAUGUGAGGACGGGGUUCUGGCAUUUGUUUGAGAGUGGUGAGGUUGUGGUUAUGAAGUGGAACGCUUAUAAUGAGGAACUGGAGUUGGAGACUGACCAGGAUCAACUUGCACGAUACAAAGCAGGGAUUGAGGAAUUCGAUCCAUUCCUGGGAUCAUACCCACUCCUCCCUCCAACAUCGACCUACCCAGCAUGGCUCAAGCUUUCGACACACAUCAAAAAAUCCACCAUCGCAUCCGUCUUUUCAUCCAACGGCUUUGUCAGUUCACACGACGAUCAGUUGGAAGAUGAGCUGGCCAGAGCUACUAAGAUCCUGGAACGAAAACAGAAUGAGGAUGAUGACAAAGCAGCAACAGAGGCCAAAAAGGAGCACAAUCAGAUCAGGACGACAACUACUAUUCAGGAGGAGGAUGAGACGGAGGACAUGGAGGUCGAUAAGGCAUCAAGUGGACAGGAAGAUUCGACGGCAACAGCCGGAGCAGGAGUACCGGUACCGUCAAAGUUUGAGCCGACAAAGUCCAACACUUCGAUUUCUUUCACACCCAUCAACUUGCGGUCGUCGUUCCGAAAAGGUGCUGUGGGCGAAGAGGUCACACGGUACAGUCUCGACAAGUCCUGGCUCCUCAACAACCUCUUCACCACCGUCUACAACAAUGACGUGUCGGCGUUCUUGGGAGAGUAUCAAGCGGCAUUUGUGACGAUGUUGCUGAGCUACCAUCUGGGCGCAUUCCGGCAAUGGAAGACCAUGACGAUCUUGGUCUGCCAAUCGACCGAGGCAACUUCCUCGCCCAACUACACGACCCUCGUAUCCGAGUUCAUUCAAACCCUGCACCACCAAUUGACCUCCAUCCCGUCCAGUUUCUUCAUGGAUCUCCUGUUUGCAUCCCCGGACGAGGACGACAUGACCGCCAACUUUUUGGAACUGGCGUUGAAGUCGAUGGGCAAGAACAUUCAAUCGGGCCUGCGACGGGGACAUUGUCUGGCGCUCCGGAAGCCGAUGCAGGGGUUGCAGAAGGCGGUGUUGGAGAGCUUUGAGUGGAAGAUCCCUGGGGAUUUCAGGAAAGUGCAGAAGGUUGUUGAAAUGAAGCCAGUGGAAAUGUUAGAUAGUGAGGAUGAGGACUAUGAGGAGGAAGGGGAGUAUGCGCCUGUCAUUGUCGAAUAA